CGUUUUCUGGUUCUUCGCCAAUCGCCAUUAUCGCGGCCUCUUCACCUCUCGCUGUCUGUUUGGACCGGAUGUUUCCACCCCUUUGACGAAUCGCCGAUUCCCCAGAGCUCUCGAGAUCUGCUUCCUCAACGUCAACUUUAUGCUGUUUCUUUAGUCUCAAAGUGUAUAUUACGGAAAAAGCGGCAAGGAAGAUUGCUUUUAUUUCUCUGGCCGGAGCAACUAUGGGGUCGUCUUCUGAGAUCAUCGAUAUCGCUACUAGUGCUCGGAGAAUAGGCGUAGACAAUCGUAUUUCUCUCAGAUUUUACUUCAGGAUCGCAGAUAAUAUCCUCAAACAGGCCAACAUUUUUCGGGCAGAGAAGAAUAUAAUUGAUUUAUAUGUCAUGCUUCUGCGUUUUUCGAGCCUGGCUCUCGAGACUAUACCCUCCCAUCGAGAUUACAGAACAGCUCUUAAAAGCAACAAAGAGUAUUUGAGAAUGAGACUAUUGGAUGUCUUGAGUGAGCUGGAGAAGUUGAAACCAGUUGUACAGCAAAGGAUCGACGAACUGAAUCCCAAGCCCAUACCUCGAUAUAACCUGCAAGCUCAUCCAGCAAAUGGUUUCCCACGCUUGUCUUCGGCCGUAAAACCAUCAUUAAGUAACUAUGACCAUGCAAAGGUAAUAAAUCCUGCUGGACAUAAUUUUAGCUACAUGGGUUCCAGGGGUCAGCAAUUCUUGAACGCUGCACCACUUGAAGAGCGUUUCAGAAAGAUGUCAGUCAACUUAAUCCGACCAACACAAGAAACCCUUUCCAAGCACUCUAUCUUGGGUCCAGGUGGACUCCGCGCACAGUGGCAGCCUCCAAAGAAUGAUAUAAAGGUUCAAUAUCCAAGUAAUAUAGAUUUUUCGCCAGUUGAUAUCACAAGCUUCCAACAACAUUUGGAUAGCAAACCAAUGAUAACAAACGGCAGUAACAAUGAACCGGAGAGGCCAAUUGUAGAAUCAAAUGCUACUUCAAGUGAAAAUAUCUCGAAAAAUUACACUGAAGAGCUUUCUUCCAUGAUUUCUUUCGAAGAACCAGAGAGAGUUAAUGAUAAUAAUAUCAUUAGGCAACCUUCACCACCUCCGGUGCUUGCAGAAGUUCAAGACUUGGUUCCAGCUUUAUGUCCUGAAACUAGAGAAACAGAAUGUAAGUUAGAAAACCCUUUGCCAGAUGAGUCUCUACGGUCAGAGUCUCCUCUUGAACUCCACAUUGCAACAACAAUGAUGGAUACAUUCAUGAGGCUUGCCAAGUCAAACACUAAGAGGAAUUUAGAGACGUGUGGUAUUCUUGCCGGCUCACUAAAAAAUAGAAAAUUUUAUAUUACAGCUCUGAUCAUACCAAAGCAGGAAUCAACCUCUGACUCUUGUCAGGCUACAAAUGAAGAGGAGAUAUUUGAAGUACAGGACAAGCAAUCCCUUUUCCCACUUGGUUGGAUUCAUACGCAUCCGACACAGUCUUGUUUCAUGUCAUCCAUUGAUGUUCACACCCACUAUUCAUACCAGAUUAUGUUACCGGAAGCUGUGGCAAUCGUUAUGGCGCCGCAAGACUCUUCAAGGAAUCACGGAAUAUUCCGGCUGACUACGCCGGGAGGAAUGACGGUGAUAAGGAAUUGUGACCAGCGUGGGUUUCACGCUCACAGUUCGCCGGCGGACGGAGGACCGAUUUACAAUACGUGUACGGAUGUUUACAUGAAUCCUAAUCUCAGGUUUGAUGUCAUUGAUCUCCGAUAGCAUCACUUGCGCCUUCUUAUGUGAGGUUAUGUUCUGUAAAAAACAUCUGUGUUCACGAUUGUAACAAUUUCGUAUCUGUUUAUAUCCGAUUUUAAUACGAUCUACGUAAGUUCGUGUACAAUCCACAUGUAAAAGUGAGGAAAAAGAAUUCAAUAGCAAGAAAAUUCGUUUCU